GGAGACCUCGGGCUAUCAACCUCGUUAUCUUAAAUCUGCACAGACAAGUAAUUGCCUUUUACACACUAUGUGCCACGUCUACUAAAAUGAUGUACUUCUCUAUAAAACCGGAGACCCGUCACUGUUCGUUGGGCCUUAACUGCACAACUGUUGAAGUGCAUAGUUGACUGCUCCAAAUUAGCUAAUCUUAUAAUAAAGUGUUGUUUGAAAGAAUCUGCAGUCUCUCUUAUAGAAUUUCUCUGACAAGCCAGCAACAUCGAGAGUGAGGAUAAGCCCAGCCUGCCUCUCUCCUUCCACACCAAGUCCAAACCUACAGUUACUGGGUCCUGAUUGUGACAGAGGAGCCCAGUUUGCACUGCAGGAUCCAGAGAUGGCAUCAGUGAAGCUGGAAGACUGCAGUCAAACACUGGAGCUGAAUGUCAACAUUAAAGAUGAAGAAGAGGAGGAGAAGAUUGGGAAAUCUGUUUCUAAUGGAGACCAUGUUGAGACAUUCUCUACAUCCAGAGAGCAACAGCAGGAAGGUCACAGAGCUAAGAGGUCUCACCACUGCCCACAUUGUGAGGAGAUAUUCCCAAUUCUAUCAAAGCUAAAAAAACACCUUAAAAUACACACAGGAGAGAAUCUGUAUCCCUGUACUGACUGUGGGAAGAGAUUCACGACAUCAAGGUCUCUGACAGUUCAUCAGAGAAUACACACAGGAGAGAAGCCUUACUCCUGCUCUGACUGCGGAAAGAGUUUCUCUCGAAUGGGCAACUUAAAAACACAUGAACGUAUACAUACAGGAGUGAAACCUUACCCCUGCUCUGUCUGUGGAAUGUGUUUCUCUAGACUAGGUGACUUAAAAACACAUGAACGUAUACAUACUGGAGUGAAGCCUUACUCCUGCUCUGAUUGUGACAAGAGUUUCUCUCGACUGGGCCACUUAAAAACACAUGAACGUAUACAUACAGGAGUGAAACCUUACUUCUGCUCUGACUGUGGAAAUAGUUUCUCUCGACUGGGAAACUUAAAAACACACAAACGUAUACAUACAGGAGUGAAGCCUUACUCCUGCUCGUACUGUGGAAAGAGUUUCUCUCGACUGGGUGACUUAAAAACACAUGAACGUAUACAUACAGGAGUGAAUUCUUACUCCUGCUCUGAAUGUGGAAAGAGUUUCACUCGACUGGGCCACUUAAAAACACAUGAACGUAUACAUACAGGAGUGAAGCCUUACUCCUGCUUUGACUGUGGAAAGAGUUUCUCUCGACUGGAAAACUUAAGAAGACAUGAACGUAUACAUACAGGAGAGAAGCCUUACUCCUGCUCUGAUUGUGUAAAAUGCUUCACAACAUCAACUGACCUAAAAGUUCAUCAGAGAACACACACAGGAGAGAAGCCUUACCACUGAUCUGACUUACAGCUGAGCUAAAAGGGUCAUCGAUGAACACACACAGAAGAGAAGCCUUACUUCUGCUCUUAAUGUGGCAAGAGUUUCUCCAGAUUGGGCAAUGAAAAGACACAAAAACUGAUACACACUUGAGAGAAGCCUUAUCACUGCACUGACAGUGAGAGGAGAUUCUACAGAUUGGGCCAUUUAAAGACACCAUUGUAUACAUAAAGGACAGAGUCCUUGUCAGUUCUCUCAGACCAGCUGAGAUUAGUCACUCAAUCACUUAAUUUUAAUUUCAUAAAAUAAUUGACCCUCUUGUCCUCAGAACACCCUCAAUUCAUCGGGGCAUAGACUGGCCAAGGGGGAAAUAUUAGGAAUGUGUUCCUAAUGUUUGUGCAGUCAGUGUAUAUCAGAUAAAGAUGGUGUGAUCAGUUUUUAGCUUUAGUUUGGGUGGAUUAUUUUAUAUUACUAAACAACUUUUGUCUAAUGAUUAACAGGCUAUGAAUUGACUACUUGUGUUUAUGAAAUGUACUACUUGUAUUAUUUUUGUCAUUGAUGAUGAAUGUAUUUGAAUAACUGUGUUGGCAUUAAUUGAUCUGGCGGCAGGUAGCCUAGCGGUUAAGAGUGUUGGGCCAGUAACUGAAAAGUUGAUGGUUUGAAUCCCGAGCCGACUAGGUGAAAAAUCUGUCAUUGUGCCCUUGAGCAAGGCAAUUAACUCUUAUUUGUCCUGUAAGUCGCUCUGGAUAAAAACAUCUGCUGAAUGACAACAUGUAAUGAAAAAUAAUGUUUGUACAUGAAUUCGUGCUGGGAAACUACUUUUUUCUCAUGUGUAUAAUAAAAUAAAAUGUUUUUAGUGAAAUACAACAUUACUGCUUUGUUUAUCCUGGCCAGAGGGACAGGACCAUAGUAGGCUAGACCAGCUAAGUUAGUGUUAACGUUAGUUAGCAGGCAAGUAUCAAGGCAGAGUUGCUAAUGUUAGCCUAGAGAAAAUAGUUUGCGACAUUAACAGAAACUAAUAAUUCAUAUAUCAACCUUAUCAAAUUACAAACGUUUUCAAAAAUGUUGUUGCUUACAAUUAUCCUCGUGUCCUUGUUACCGUCUUGAGGAACAAAUGUCGGGUGAAUGACUUGCUUUUUCUGCUUCUCCCAGUUUUGAGGCACGACGGUUAUAAAUUGUAAUAAAUUCCGUUGUGAAAUUGUAAACUAAUUAUUUGAAAUUACAGGUUUUUACAUUUACAUUUAGUUAUUAUUAUUGUUUUACAUUUUACAAUUACAUUUUUCAGUCAUUCUGUCUAUAUCAGAACAUCUAACAAUAUAUUCGGUUUUUUAACAUUUUAAAUCAAUAUAUUUUAUUGUAUUAUGUAUAUUAUAUUGUGUAUAUCAUUUCGGAGCAAGGCACCUAUUAAAGAGUUGGAGUUUCGUUGGA